AUGGGAAACUGGAAUACGACGUCAGAGUUCAUUCUCCUAGGUCUCUUUAACCACACAGGAGCCCAUUUAUUUCUCUUUGUGAUGGUUCUGAUGAUGGCCUUCACCUCCCUCGUGGGCAACGCCCUCAUGCUUCUCCUGAUUCUCCUGGACCCCUGGCUCCACAGGCCCAUGUACAUCCUCCUGAGCCAACUCUCCCUCAUGGACCUGAUGCUGGUGUGCACCAUCGUGCCCAAAAUGGCUGCUGACUACCUGACUGACAGGAAGCCCAUCUCCCCAGCUGGCUGUGGGCUGCAGAUCUUUUUCUUCCUCAUUCUGGGAGGGGGUGAGUGCUUCCUCUUAGCAGCCAUGUCCUACGACCGCUACGUUGCUGUUUGCCACCCACUGAGAUACUCAGUCCUCAUGAGUAGGCAGUCAUGCCUGAGGAUGAUUUUGGGGUCUUGGUUCCUGGGGGCAGCUGAUGGGCUCAUGCAGGCUGCUGCCGUCCUGAGCUUCCCAUUUUGCAGUGCUUGUGAGAUCGACCAUUUCUUCUGCGAGGCCCCCAUGCUGGUGCGUUUGGCUUGUGCUGACACGUCUGUCUUCGAGGACGUCAUGUACAUGUGCUGUGUGCUGAUGCUCCUGGUCCCCCUUUCCCUCAUCCUGACUUCCUAUGGCCUCAUCCUCACUGCCGUUCUCCAGAUGCAUUCUAACGAAGCCCACAAGAAGGCUUGUGUCACCUGCUCCUCACAUCUGUCCGUUGUGGGACCCUUUUUUGGAGAGUUCAUUCUCCUAGGUCUCUUUAACCACACAGGAGCCCAUUUAUUUCUCUUUGUGAUGGUUCUGAUGAUGGCCUUCACCUCCCUCGUGGGCAACGCCCUCAUGCUUCUCCUGAUUCUCCUGGACCCCCGGCUCCACAGGCCCAUGUACUUCCUCCUGAGCCAACUCUCCCUCAUGGACCUGAUGCUGGUGUGCACCAUCGUGCCCAAAAUGGCUGCUGACUACCUGACUGACAGGAAGCCCAUCUCCCCGGCUGGCUGUGGGCUGCAGAUCUUCUUCUUCCUCACUCUGGGAGGGGGUGAGUGCUUCCUCUUAGCAGCCAUGUCCUAUGACCGCUACGUCGCUGUUUGCCACCCACUGAGAUACUCAGUCCUCAUGAGUAGGCAGUCAUGCCUGAGGAUGAUUUUGGGGUCUUGGUUCCUGGGGGCGGCUGAUGGACUCAUGCAGGCUGCUGCUGUCCUGAGCUUCCCAUUUUGCGGUGCUCGUGAGAUCGACCAUUUCUUCUGCGAGGCCCCCAUGCUGGUGCGUUUGGCUUGUGCUGACACGUCUGUCUUUGAGGACGUCAUGUACAUGUGCUGUGUGCUGAUGCUCCUGGUCCCCCUUUUCCUCAUCCUGACUUCCUAUGGCCUCAUCCUCACUGCCGUUCUCCAGAUGCAUUCUAACAAAGCCCACAAGAAGGCUUGUGCCACCUGCUCCUCACAUCUGUCCGUGGUGGGACUCUUUUUUGGACUCUUCCAGGAGGAACGCAGAACCCCGCAUCAUCACAUGCAAAUUCCAAAUAGUAAGAUGAAGGUACAAGAAAGGCGUGUGCCUCCAGGCCCAGGACUCUUCAGUUGUUCAAAUUUACUCCAUUGGCUACACUCUGCUGGCUUCAAGGAGAGUUGA